GCUCAUUUUUUUUCCAGAAGAAAAAAAUCUAUUAUUUUUCUAAAUGAGGACAAUCCGGUGACUACCACGCGAAGACUCCUUCCUUUUUCUUUCUUCCUUUCUUUUCCUCCCUCCACUGGUUAGGGACAGAGGAAUCAUCUACCUGAACACUCUUCAUGCCUGCCCCUAGGAGCCUUGGUUCUUUUUCACUUUUCUGUAGAGGUUAAUAUUGUCGUUGAUAAUAUUUUAAUUUUUUUCCUUUUGCCCCAAGCCCACUUAUUUCCUAUUCCGGGUUCGAGGCUUUAUUGGAAAUUCUGAAAAAAGGACUGUUGUCGUCAGUGUACUAAGGCAAAGGAAAUUCGCUUUUCAAACGGAUGCUGAGAUUACCUUUCCGUUUGGGUUCAGCACAAGAUGCCCUGGACAUACGCGGUUACGAGGGGGUAUUAUUGUUUGUGGGGUUCACCUCUAGGUCUCCUAUCCCCAGCAUCACAAAGAGGUGAGAUUUCUGCUCCCCGCGGAGGCGGCGGCAUUAGCGACUAUUAGAACAUUAGAAUAUCUAAGCGCCAUGGUUUGUAUUGCUCCUGUGGCUUUGGAAUUAUCAAAUUACUACCCAAUUUUGCUAUUAAAAGUUACAGGUUUUUCACUCGAGCGCUCAUCUUUAGUGUGGGAAACCAAGUCAUUUCUGCUGUCUUGGGCUGCGUGGGGUAAAAGGAGUAGUGGAUAGGAGAAGGGGUACAGACGGACUGACUGACACAGUCAAGCUAAUCGCUCAGCUAAAUGCGAUUUGGAAGGCGAGGUCUCCCCGAAUUAGUGCAUGAAUUUCCUAUCGAUCCGCCCGCAGUUCCAUUCAUCUCUGACAAGUCCCUCUGUGCACCCGCCCUCUAGCUCUCGAUGCUUCCUCUCUCACCCCCUACUCCGCCCAUCUGGUUGCAGAAAAAAGCCCCAAGCUCUGUGCCCCUCGCUCCUAUACGGGUUCCCCUUUUAAGGUGGAGCCCCCAAACCACAGGUCGCUUAACUCCCCAAACAGAUGCAUGGCCCAUAGUCUCCCUCCCGCUUUGGGGAGGAGAUGGGAGACUCUGAAGGCAAAGAAUGUUCAGCAGUGUCGAGGCAAGACAGGAGGGGCUACUCCCAGAGCCCCAACUUCGGAGGGAAUACAGGGAUUGCGCUUUGCCAGCUCCUGAAGAGGCCCUCUAGUCGCAACCUGCGCGAGCUCUCUUUCUCUCCCUCUCUCUCUCAUCCCAGAGGGAGCAAGGAGAGGAAGGGGUCGCCCUCAGAAGCCCUAUGUAAAUCUUGGUGUUGGGUGUGUAGGGAGGGGAAGAGAAGGGGAAAUAAACCUCUUUGGCUGGAGUAGGGUCCGGGUGAGCAGAUUUCCUUAUCCGGGAAUCGCAGGCAGGGCGGCCAUUGGCUCGGAAGAUCACGUGGGCCCCUAACUUUGUUCACUUGACAGUAAGUAGGAGGGCUUUCGGAAACAGGAAAACGAGUCAGGGGUCGGAAUAAAUUUUAGUAUAUUUUGUAGGCAAUUCCCAGAAAUUAAUGGCUAUGAGUUCUUUUUUGAUCAACUCAAACUAUGUCGACCCCAAGUUCCCUCCGUGCGAGGAAUAUUCACAGAGCGAUUACCUACCCAGCGACCACUCGCCGGGGUACUACGCCGGCGGCCAGAGGCGAGAGAGCAGCUUCCAGCCGGAGGCGGGCUUCGGGCGGCGCACGGCGUGCACAGUGCAGCGCUACGCGGCCUGCCGGGACCCUGGGCCCCCGCCGCCUCCGCCACCACCCCCGCCGCCCCCGCCACCGCCGGGGCUGUCCCCUCGGGCUCCUGCGCCGCCACCCGCCGGGGCUCUCCUCCCGGAGCCGGGUCAGCGCUGCGAGGCGGUCAGCGGCAGCCCCCCUCCGCCUCCCUGCGCCCAGAACCCCCUGCACCCCAGCCCAUCCCACUCCGCGUGCAAAGAGCCCGUCGUCUACCCCUGGAUGCGCAAAGUUCACGUGAGCACGGUAAACCCCAAUUACGCUGGCGGGGAGCCCAAGCGCUCUCGGACCGCCUACACUCGCCAGCAGGUCUUGGAGCUGGAGAAGGAAUUUCACUACAACCGCUACCUGACUCGGCGCCGGAGGGUGGAGAUCGCCCACGCGCUCUGCCUCUCUGAGCGCCAGAUCAAGAUCUGGUUCCAGAACCGGCGCAUGAAGUGGAAAAAAGACCACAAGUUGCCCAACACUAAGAUCCGCUCUGGUGGCACCGCAGGCGCAGUUGGAGGGCCUCCUGGCCGGCCCAGUGGAGGCCCCCCCUCGCUUUAGUGUCCCCCUUGAAGGAGUCAUGAACCUGGUGUGGGGUGGGCAUGGAGCGCCUGGUGGUGGGAGGUGGGUGGGAGGGGGCCGGGGCCUAGGCCUGGAAAAACCUACCUGCCCUCCCCCCACUUUAUAUAGGAAUAAACGCAGAAGAGGGGGAGGGGAAGCUUUAUUUAUAGAAAUGACAAUAGGGAGGGAAGGAGGCCCCCCAGAAGCAAGGUUCAAGUCUCCUGCUUUCUUCCUUAA